GGCCAGGUUCCAUCCAUUCAGUCCCUCCAUACCUGGCAUCCAGCCAAGCGCGCGGUUCCUUUACAGACUUUCCUGCAGGUCCACAGAAAUGCAAGGAUCCGCCGCUGUGCUGGAAUCAGAGUCUGGGAGGGGGAAUGAGCAGUGCACCCGGGAUGGUAUUUUAGUUGUUGUCUUCAGGGCUAGCCCCGAGCCUCGUGCCCCGGCCUCCUCAGCCCUUACGGAAUCUCUGGAGCGCGUGUCUUGACGAAGGGAAGUGGGGCCCCGCUGAAGCUGUCGAGGUGUCUCUGAGGGGGGUGGGCUGGGGCCUGGAGAAGCCUCCAUUUGCUCUGGGCUCUGCCUGGCAGGGACUUUGGAACCUGGCCUGCAGAGUUGCAAGAAGCGGGCGCGGGGGCAACACGCGCGCGGGGAAGCAGGAAGAUCACAGGCUGCAAAGAAAACAGCACUGAGCGUCCUGGAGGACGCUGGAGCUUCAGGAUAGUGUCCUUUCAGACCGUGGGAUCGUCCCUUCCUCCCCGCACUCCACCUUCCCGCAACUGGACCACUCGGCGGAAGCUUCAGGUGGGCCCCGGGGUCCAAGUCCGCCGCCGGGAGGGCGGGGACGGGCCCCGAAACGCGGACUGCAGGGCGCGUCACGGCAGCUGCUCCUGAUUGGCGGCCACGGCGGCCAUGGGCGGGGCGCCCCGGGAUUGGCGCCGCCUGUGGCCAGAGCCAGAGUAACGGGACUCCCAGCUGUGCGUCGCAGUCCCGACGCCAGGAAGGCUGGAGUCGGCGCCCAGCCUAGAGCCACCAAGUGGGAGCCAGGGCGGGACGCGCGCACCAUGCCCUACCUGCUCAUCAGCACCCAGAUCCGCAUGGAGGUGGGCCCCACUAUGGUGGGUGAUGAACAGUCGGAUCCAGAGCUGAUGCAGCAUCUGGGGGCUUCAAAGAGAAGUGUCUUGGGAAACAACUUUUAUGAAUACUACGUCAAUGACCCUCCCCGCAUAGUCCUGGACAAGCUGGAACGCAGGGGCUUCCGUGUGCUGAGCAUGACGGGGGUGGGUCAGACGCUGGUGUGGUGCCUGCACAAGGAGUGACCUUCUCACGCUGAUUUGCAGCCGGGGCGCCCCUGUGGAGGGGCUGCUGUGGGCCCUGAACUCCAAGCUCCUGCCUGACUGACCACCUUGCCCCUCUCUUCCCAAAUCGUCACCGCCAUGGGCCCAGCCCCAACAGGCAGUGAAUGGCCUUCUCUGAAACCUUGCCUCAAGCAGUGGGAGAGGGCAGUGCCAGGUGCUCCCAGCUGCCCUCCUGCUUCGGGCCUGGGCCAAGGGCCUUGGGCAGGCCAUGUUCCUUGGGCAGCUGCCCCGGGCCGGAGCUGGGCACCCCAGGGGCCCUGGUGCGUGACUCCUGCAUAGCUAGCCCAAGCCAAUAAAGGGCAGUGAUGAGUGGCUGCGCCUGUGCUCUGCUUGUGCACGGACUCUGGGACUCUCACCAUGCAGAGUGUUUCCCUAGGGGUCUGCCCACUUCCUGGGAGGGGCACCAGGCCUGGGUGGAACCGUCUGCCGCAGAGCCCAGCACCCUAUACCUAUGCAUGGAAUAGAACUAAAGUCUUAAAAAAAAA